CGGCUGGGGCCCCGCCAUUGCGGCGUCCUUCGAACGGCCCGCCGAAGUCGCCCGGCUGCAGCUGCCACCGACACCGCCAUCUUAACUCGGGGCAAUGACUUCACAGGGUCAAAGGGCAGUGCGGGAUAGAAGGGGAGAAAUUAGGCCAGAAUUUGAAUUGAGGGACUUAAACCAGACUUGGAGAAAAGCUUUGCCUGCACGAUUGAUUACAUGCUGGUUGCUUUUAAUAUUUAAAACCGACACAUGCAUAGCUCCAUCCAUGGACACUGGAAACUGUCCACGGGGCUGUCAACUCCCCCCCAUCUACACAGCGAUCUGCAGCAGUGAGCUGGAGAAGGUUCAAGAGAAAGGAGACUCUGGCAUGACCACAGGAGAGUGGAGAUACAGUACUAAACUCAAUUAUUUUCUGGAAUCUAAGGGAUGCUUUGCCAACAUGAUGUCCUCUGGCAGAAGUGUCAGCCCCUCAUCUUCUAUUGAAACAGGUCUAAGCAUCAGUGGGCCUUUCAGCCCCGGCAGAGGGUCUGUUCACCCAGACCCUGCUGCAGAUUUGGAUCUGAAAUCCUCCUCCUCACAUUCUGAUCACUCCUCUGAAACCUCACUGCCUGAAGCCCGAAAGGAUAAAUAUCGCCAGGAAUUCAGCCUGCUUAAGUUGCAGACAAAAGAUGGGCAGCGUCCUGAGUGGACAUUUUACCCAAGGCUUAGCAGCAACAUCCACACCUACCAUGUUGGAAAGCAGUGUUUCUUCAACGGGGUCUUCCUCGGCAACAGGAGGUCUCUAUCAGAGAGGACGAUGGACAAGUGCUUUGGGAGGAAGAAAUACGUUAUUGAUCCCAGGAAUGGAAUCCCAAAGGUAACUCCAGGAGAUAAUCCAUAUAUGUGUCCAGAACAGAGUAAAGGCUUCCACAAAGCAGGAUCAACUCUCCCGCCAGGGAAUUUUUCAAUAAUGCCUUAUGAAAAGAAAUUUGAUACAUUUAUUCCACUUGAGCCUCUUCCACAAAUUCCCAACUUGCCUUUCUGGGUGAAGGAGAAGGCCAACAAGCUGAAGAACGAGAUAAGAGAAGUUGAAGAGCUUGACAGUUGGCAGCCAGCGGUCCCCUUGCUACAGAGUUUGCUACCUGUUGGUGGGUCAAAGAACCUUCAAAAAGUAGCAUAGGGCUUCCCUGGUGGCGCAGUGGUUGAGAGUCUGCCUGCCGAUGCAGGGGACACGGGUUCGUGCCCCGGUCCAGGAGGAUCCCACACGCCACGGAGCGGCUGGGCCCAUGAGCCAUGGCCGCUGGGCGGGCGCGUCCGGAGGCUGUGCUCCGCAACGGGAGAGGCCACAACAGUGAGAGGCCCAUGUACCACCAAAAAAAAAAAAAAGUAGCAUAAAAACUGGAGGCAAGCCCAGAAGAGCAGGCUUUUGAGAGGCUUCACAAUGGAGACGAGAGAGGCAGAGAGCCUCUCCCAGAGUGGAUGGUGCCCUUUGCCCCGAGAUGGCCCUUGGGCAGAUGUCAUGGCCAUGUGUCACCGUGUGUGGUUGAGAACUGUUAGUCUUGUAAUGGAGCACAGCCUUUAACUCCGUGCCUCUAUCCACAGGUUCUUUGGACUUUCUAAGACAAUCCUGAACAGGAACAGGUCCAGGAAGCAGGCACUGACUGUCCUCUGGAGAGCCUUUUCCUGUUAAUUGCUUCUGUUAGUGCGACUGUUCUAAAUCAAAUGUUUGACUUGGAUGCAGAAUCACUGUGUUUUGCCUCUUUUAACUUUUUUGUUUUGGCGGCGCUGCACGGCUUGUGGGAUCUUAGUUCCCCGACCAGGGAUUGAACCCGGGCCCUCCGCAGUGAAAGUGCAGAGUCCUAACCACUGGACUGCCAGGGAAUUCCCUUAAGUUUAUAUUUUGAAAACUGUCAAACUGAUAGAAAAGUUGCGAGAAUCAUACAACAAACAGACACCUACAUAGUCUUCACCUAGAGUCUACAAUUAACAUUUGUCUAGAGUUGUACACAUUCUCUUUUUCUCAUAUUAUUAUUAUUAUUUUGCUCAAUAUUACUAUCAAUUUUGGUAAAUAUAUUUAUUUA